CUGGGGAGACAGAGCAUUGUCUGCGCAUGCGCCGGAGAGGCCGGGCGGGACUACAAAUCCCAGCAUCCCCUCGGGGGUCCUGGCCAGCCGCUUCCGGUUGGUCGGCGGCCGGUCCUGCGGGCGGCGGAGGACGAAGGCGACCGGUCUUACGGGCGGCGGAGGACGAAGGCGACCGGUCAUGUCUUUGCUGCGCGGCCUGCGGGCGGCGGCGGCUCUGCUGGGUCGCGCCUCCUGGGUCCGGCCGGGUGGAGGAGGCGAUGGCGGCGGGCCCUGGCUGCGGGCCGGGGUGGCGGCGGCGGCCCUGACGGGCCUGGCGGCGGCCGCCGUGGGUGGCGGCUGGAGGGCUCACAUGGUGCCCAAGGACUCGGGCGGCCGCCCCCCCCAGGACCGAUCGGACUCGAACCCGGACCCGGAUCUGGCCGACCGCUGCCGCUGCUUCAUGGCCCCGCCGGUGACCCCCCUGCCCGAGCUGCGCGGGAGGCCGCGGGACGUGAAGACCCAGAUGGAGCUGCUGGUCAUGGAGACCCAAGCCCGGGUCUGCCAGGCCCUCGCCGAGCUCGACCAGGGCGCCCACUUCUCCGUCGAUCGCUGGCAGAGGAAGGAAGGAGGUGGAGGCAUCAGCUGUGUACUUCAGGAUGGUAAUAUCUUCGAAAAGGCUGGAGUCAGUGUUUCGGUUGUUCAUGGGAAUCUUUCAGAAGAAGCAGCAAAACAAAUGAGGAGCAGAGGAAAGUCCCUGAAGGCCAAAAAUGGUAAACUUCCCUUUAGUGCCAUGGGGGUAAGCUCUGUUAUCCACCCGAAGAAUCCUCAUACUCCCACGAUCCAUUUCAACUACCGUUACUUUGAAGUGGAAGAAGCAGAUGGCAACAAGCUGUGGUGGUUUGGUGGUGGCUGUGACCUCACUCCGACUUACUUAAAUGAAGAGGAUGCUGUCCACUUCCAUAAAACUCUGAAGGAAGCUUGUGACCACCAUAAUCCCGAACUAUACCCCAAGUUUAAAAAAUGGUGUGAUGACUACUUCUUUAUAACCCAUCGGGGAGAGCGGCGGGGCAUCGGAGGCAUAUUCUUCGAUGAUCUAGACUCACCCUCGAAGGACGAUGUGUUUCAGUUUGUGCAGAGCUGCGCCCGGGCUGUGGUGCCUUCUUAUAUACCCCUUGUAAAGAAACACUGCAAUGACUCGUUCACAGCACAGGAGAAACAGUGGCAGCAGCUUCGGAGAGGGAGGUAUGUGGAGUUUAACCUGUUGUAUGACAGAGGUACAAAGUUUGGUCUCUUCACUCCAGGAUCCAGAAUUGAAAGCAUUCUUAUGUCUUUGCCCUUGACUGCCAGAUGGGAAUACAUGCACGCGCCCCCUGAGAAUUCCAAAGAAGCAGAAAUCUUGGAAGUUCUGCGUAAUCCCAAGGACUGGGUCCACUAACCCACAAAGCGGGCAUCGCCUGGCUGAUGAAUUUCCAAAAUGUGUGAAUUUUCUCACAUGGGUCCUCUGAAAUUGCCAUUGUGUGGCAGGUUUUUUAACCUAGGAAUUAACUAUGCUGAAAAAUCUUCUAUGCGAUAAGCAGCUCCUUUUGAAUGGGGGGGGUGGUGGCUUGGGGGCGAAUACACGACAGUAAUACAUCUCUGUGAUAUUCAUAGUCACCUAUCUGCCAAAGGCAGGCUUGCUCUGGUCAGGUAACACAUCUUAUGGUCCUAGCUGCUAUAAUUUUAAGGAAUUAUUUUGAAAUUGUAGGUUUGUUUCUUGUGACUUCGCUAUUUAAUAUGAAGCGGAUGCAAAACUUGUAAUGCUCACAACAUGGGGAGUCCAGGAACUAUCCUGGGAAAGUUGACUCAGGGAAUACAAAGUUGACUUUGUCUUAGAUAUUUUUGUUGUAGUAUACUUUUUCAAAAAAAUUUUGGGUUAACUGUCUUUGGGAUAAAUCUCUGGUUUUUAAUCUCAUUCAUUUGACAAAAUAAUAUCCCUUAAUGGUAAUGCAACAGCCUGCAAAAUGGCUAAAAGCUUUGUGUUUGUCAGCUUGAAGAUGCUUGACGAUGUGGAAAAUAAUUUUGCAUACUUAAUUUAGAAUAAGUUUAUUGUGGAAGGGGAAUGUAUCUGUUGUUGUAUUCUCCCAAGUGCUUAGUACAGUGCUCUGCACACAGUAAAUGCUCAGAAAAUAAAAUUGAAUGAAUAGUGAAGGUUAGCUAUGAACAGUCAUAUAUGAAAAGUACAUCUUGUUCCUGAUGAAGAUACACUGGAGCAGAAAAACACUUUUGAAUUGGGAAAUUGACCCUUUAGGGAAAACACAAGUGGAAAAAUUGGACCUGAUGUUUUUCAAAAUAUAAAUUGCUGUUGUAAAUUUGUU